UAUCUACAGUCUUUCAUCCAAGUCAUGUGGAUCUACCUUGUAGUGACUUUGUUGCUGGCAACUGAAACGGUUGCAAAUAAUGUGAAUGAGAAUCUGGCAAGUAUUCCAUAUGAAACCAUCCAGUUGCCAGCCCUUUAUGGCUGUAAGAAUGGUACAAAAAUGUGCAUAUGGCCACCAUGUCGCAGCGGUCCAUAUAACAUCAUAAAUGUUCUUAAAGGCAAUGGUACAAAUUGGGUAUUAUUUGCUAGCAUGGAUUUAGAAGACCCAGCUUUACUUUUUGUGCACAAAGCGGUAAAUGGCGCUAUGAUCUAUUGCUCAAGCCAUUACGAUGAACCAAGAAUUACAUGUAGCACAGACGACACAGAAACGAUU